GGAGCCGCAAGAUGGCGGACACAAUGAGGGGGAGCCGCCUCUCCGCGGCCUGACCGCGCCGAGCCCGCCGCCCUCCGCCGGCCCCCGCGGCCCCUCACCGCCCCUGAGCGCCCCGCCCCGCCCGGCCCGGCCGUUCCCGCCACCGCCCGGAGCCCCGCCCGGCUGCCCUCAGCGCCGCCGCCCUCGCUCGGUGCGGCCCGGCGGGCGGGAUGAAGCUGACGGACAACGUGCUGCGGAGCUUCCGCGUGGCUAAGGUCUUCCGCGAGAACUCGGACAAGAUCAACUGCUUCGACUUCAGCCCCAACGGCGAGACCGUCAUUUCCAGCAGCGACGAUGACUCCAUCGUUCUCUACGACUGCCAGGAGGGCAAACCAAAGAGGACCCUGUACAGUAAGAAGUAUGGAGUGGACCUCAUCAGAUACACACAUGCUGCCAACACUGUUGUGUACAGCUCCAACAAAAUAGAUGACACAAUCCGAUACCUCUCCCUGCAUGACAACAAAUAUAUUCGCUAUUUCCCAGGGCACACAAAAAGAGUGGUUGCUCUUUCAAUGUCUCCAGUGGAUGAUACCUUUAUUUCUGGAUCUCUGGAUAAAACUAUUCGUCUUUGGGAUCUCCGCUCUCCAAAUUGCCAGGGUUUAAUGCAUCUCCAAGGGAAGCCAGUGUGUUCUUUUGACCCAGAAGGGUUGAUUUUUGCUGCUGGAGUCAAUUCUGAAAUGGUGAAGCUUUAUGAUCUCCGUUCUUUUGACAAGGGGCCAUUUGCUACGUUUAAGAUGCAAUAUGACCGAACGUGUGAGUGGACAGGCCUGAAGUUCAGCAAUGAUGGGAAACUCAUCCUCAUCUCCACGAACGGCGGCUUCAUUCGGCUGAUCGACGCCUUCAAAGGAGCUGUCUUGCACACGUUUGGGGGUUAUAACAAUAGUAAGGCUGUCACGCUGGAGGCAUCAUUCACACCAGACUCUCAGUUCAUCAUGAUAGGUUCAGAGGAUGGGAAGAUCCAUGUUUGGAAUGGAGAAAGUGGGAUGAAGGUGGCUGUUCUAGAUGGAAAACACACAGGUCCUAUAACCUGUCUGCAGUUCAAUCCAAAAUUCAUGACUUUCGCUAGUGCAUGUUCCAAUAUGGCCUUCUGGUUGCCAACUAUCGACGACUAAUUCCUACGCUGCAGCUGCUGUCAGGUGGCCCCAUACUGCUAACAGCAGCACAAGCAAGUUUGCAAGCAUAGUUUUGGAAUUGCCUACAUCUCCCAGACUGUGUUCCUGUUCCUGCGUAUUUCCAUGUCUUACCUUUAUCUACAGCAUUCCGUUGUGAGGACUGCUCCUCUUGGCCUCCUGGCACACUCAAGAAGCAGUAUGCUACAAGCUCUUACCUGCCAGUCCAUGCCCAGCAGGCUUUAGCCUAAGAUGGAACUGACACAGUGUUAUUUCUUAGAGCCGUGAAGUCUGUUUUAUCUACAAAAUGUUGGUGGCAUUUUUUAAAGCUGUAAUUAUGUGUUUUCCUGCUGUAAAUGCACAAGGCUGUUGAUGUUCCAAUGUGGAGCCUGCAGUUGCUUUCCAUAAGUGCAUGUUUUUAACGUCUGGGAUCUCUGGUUUCACUGCAGUCCACAGAUGCAAAUACUUCUGUGCCAAAUGUGAACACUGACAGUUUUCAACGGCAGAUGCUGGAUUCUCUUGCAGUGGAACAUGCACCAGAAGUGUGGGUAGCUGUGAAUGUACCUCAUACAUCUUGUCAUCCUUUUUUUUGGCAAUUUAGUGUGCAACUGCACAGGUUUCAUCCACUGUCAGAGAUUGCCCUGCUGUUUGCUGUGUCAACAUCCUGGAGGUGCAGACAGCACUGCUGAGGUCCAGCCAGUGUCCCGAGCAAUAAAGGAGUCUGUCAGCAGAAGAUGGAGAAACCACACUGAGACUGAGAGCACAGUCUGCCUGUGUAUCUUCCUUAUGUACCAUCUUGGCUGAUCUUACUUGGCCACUACAUUCUGGCAAACCAUGCUGGAGCGUUUUCCUUGGGUCAGUUUCCUGAUGUUCCUCUGUUACAGCAAAGUUCAUCUCAGCUGUAUACUGUUCACAUUAUGAUUCCCUGGAAAAGUAAAUGCCUUGUAGAACAGCUCUUUCUGUUUUGCUUGUUUUUUAGUCCCCUCCCAGUCCUUGUCCACGGAAAGGUGCUGUGCUAAGAGCUGGGGACAGGCACUGAGCAUUUCUGCGCUGCUGCUUCCGUUCAGGUUGCAGCACUGAGCAUUUCUGCGCUGCUGGUUCCAUUCAGGUUGCAGCACUCGCCUGUGGCAGUGCAGGAGCACUGCCCACACGGGGCAGGCUCACACCGUGGUGCUCGAUCUGUGCUGUGGUUGUGGCUCUGCUGCUGCUGCCACACGGGGCAUUUCUAACCACAGGUCUGCGAUGUGAGUUUGCCACCCUCCAGCAGGGUGAUGGAUGCUUUCCCUCUGCCACACAGGCCUGCUGCUGGAGAUGCAGAUGAGGGGUUCAUGCCACCCCUCUUCUGUGAUGUCCCACCAUCGCCUAUAAAUAAUGCUGCCCUGUGCAAAAGGAGGUAGUUUUCUUGGGCCUCAGUCACUUUAACUCAGCAGUGUUGCAUUUCAGGCUGUUUGGUGCUAUUUUACCUUCAUUGGUAUUUGCAGUGCUUUGUAAAAUACAGAUAUUUGGGGUUUGUAGUGUGUUUUAACAGUCCAACUUCAGCGUCCAGUUGUAAAUUCUCUUUGAGGUUUUUCGAGUCUUUUGCCUGAGGAAGUGAACAGAUAGCCUCCGGCCAUAUUCCUUGUUACUUUUGACAGGGAAGCAUUUGGAAGUCUUUUAUUCUAUAAAAGCUCUCUCUUAAUGUGGUUUUGAGCGCUUGUCUAGAGGUUGUUGUUCAGCUCUCUUCUCUUUGCAGUGUUGUAAAACAUGGUGUGUUGUGGCAUGGAAUGUUGAAGGAAAAGGGAACCAGAGGAAUGGUUUAGGAGGAUACACACACAAGCACAUCAGUGGUUUUCUGGAGUGAAGAGGGAUGUUCAGGCUCAUGCACUAGUUCUCCGUUCAGGGUGGCAGCUGAGUGCCUUCCCAGGGCCCACUGCCACCCACAGAGGCAGAGACAUCUCUGUUGAUGUAGCAUGGAAUGCUUUCCAUCUGGCUUUAAAAGAGGGGAAUGUGCCAAGUGUUGUCAGGGAACUUGAGGAUUGUGUGUUUCAGAUAUUUGGACAGGAACGGUGAAUAAAGCUUUUAGCUUUCAGCUUCUACGUGCUUCUGUAGGAGUCCCAGGGCUGCAAUUCCUGUGUUCUUUAGGGCUGCCAGCUAUUGAGAAACAGAUCUGAUGAAAAACAGCCUUCCCAGGUCUGACAGAGGGGCCAAGCAGCAAACAGCAUCCCCCCUCCAAAUCUGACAUGUAAAUCAUCCCCAUGUUCUUUGGGAUGUAAAGACCUUUCUUCUGAACAAGGGGGAAAUGAGACUCAAGAGCCCACCUCUUGAGUAAGCAGUGUGGUGGCUGAGCGCAUCUGCCUGGGCUGUAGAAGAUUUCAGGUGCCAUUCUCCAAGUCAGUCUUGAAAGAUUUUUAUUAUUUUAUUGAAGCUCACAGGUCCUGGAUUUGUGCCCCAGUCCCUUUGUGCUUUGGAGGGUGCAGGAGCGAUUGAGUGACUAAUUUGGAAGCAGCAGGGUAUCUUUUUCCAAUGCCUCUUGGCUAUUUUAGCACUUUAAGAGACUUCACCUUGGUUUUGGGUCAGGGGCAGGAACCUGGUGAGCCUUUCAGAAACUGGUCUCUGGUCGUGAGCUGCUGUAGGGAGUUGGACUCCUCGGUGGUAUCUGCCAGUGAGUGUAAAUACGUAAAGUCAAAUUAUGCUUUGUCACAAAAUACUGCCUAUGUGGAGAAUUCAAUGUUGUGGCUGUGACCAAUAAAUAUUUUGUAGAGAGA